GCGCAUGACAUACAAAGGCUUUCGGGUCUCCCGAGAGUGUGAGAAAGAAAGCUAGGGUUCCCCUUUCAUGCCCCCUGCCUUCUUCUGUUUCUAAUCGGACACUUUUUCUGACGCCCCUCAAAUUGUUUUCUUUCUGUUUAGCAGAGAGAUGGCCGUAAUGGGUGAUCACCAUUCUUGGGCUGUUGCAUUUGGUGUCUUAGGUAACAUCAUCUCAGUCCUUGUAUAUCUGGCUCCAGUACCAACAUUCUACCGAAUUUACAGAAAGAAAUCAACAGAGAGUUUCCAAUCACUUCCGUACCAAGUGGCAUUGUUCAGCUCCAUGCUAUGGCUCUAUUACGCGUUGAUCAAAAAGAAUGCUCUCCUUCUCAUCACCAUCAACUCCUUUGGAUGUAUUGUAGAGACUAUGUACAUAUCUAUGUACAUAGCUUAUGCAUCAAAGAAUAGCAGGAUGUCAGCUAUGAAACUUUUUGUUGGUGUGAACGUGGGGCUGUUUUCUUUAAUCCUUAUUCUGACGUACUUUCUGGUGAAAAGUUCAAUUCGUAUCCAGCUUCUUGGUUGGAUUUGCGUUGCCAUCUCUGUAUCUGUCUUUGCAGCACCUUUGAAUAUUGUCGCACGAGUUAUUCGAACGGGGAGUGUUGAGUUCAUGCCUUUCAACUUAUCAUUUUUCCUCACAUUGAGUGCAAUUUUGUGGUUUGCCUAUGGACUAUUCAUUAAAGAUCUUUGUGUUGCUCUUCCGAAUAUCCUAGGCUUCGUCUUGGGGAUGCUCCAGAUGCUGCUGUACGCAGUUUACAGAAACACCAAAAAGGCCACAGAGGAGAAGAAGCCCCCAGAACAAUUGAAAACUGUUGUUGUCCUGAGCACAAUAGCCACCUCGGAAGUCUAUCCUGUUGAUAUUCAACCAGAUGCUAACACUAAUAAGGCAACAGAGAACGAACAGACAGGGGAGCCUGAUAAACCUGAGAAAAGCUUGGAAGAUUCCAGUGAUCUCCAAUCAAAUGAAUGUCCUGUUUGAUUAAAUGGCAUGUACCCAGUUCACCAUUUUGUUGAGAGUUCUGAUGCUGAAACCGCCUUCCACAUUUGUUUUUCCAUCUUGUUUUUGCCCCACCCCUCACCACCCUAGCCUUUGUACAUACAACAAAUGAGCCAGGGGCCACUAAAAUGACUAUGUAUUGUGCCUAUCUCAGUUCGCCCCAUGUUUAAUUAUCUUGUAUGCCAGUAAUCCUGAAUAUGUACUAUUGUUUUGAAAUACGAGAAUGACUUCUUUCCCCA